CUGCUUUCUUCCAUUUCCAUCGCCCCUAUCUCUAACCGCCGCGCUUUCUCACUCUUAAAACCCUACAAAGAAAGGAAGCUAAGCCUACUUCACUCCUCUCUCUCUCUAAACCCUUAUCCUCUCUCUCUCUCUCUCCUCUCUCUCUCUUCACCGUUCGAACGGAUAUAGGGAGAAAUAGAAAUAUGGCAAUGAAUCCAUCCAUUUCUCUCACCACCGCUCCUUGCUCCCCCGGCCUCCGCAACCACUUCAUCCCCACCUUCGCAUCUCCUCGCCCGCUCUCCGCCGGGCGUCGGCGCCGCCGCAGAAUCUCCACCGCCGCCCGCGCUUCCUCCUCCUCCGCCUCCUCAGUCGUCACCUCGGCCCCUGCCGUCAAGCCCGAUGCUUUUGGAGAGAGGAGGGAGCUCACAGGCGUCCAGUCCCUGGUCGAGGCAAUGCCGUCGCCCGUCCGCAUCGCCGGCUCGGUCGUGGUUGUUGCCGCCGCCGCCGCCGCCGGGUAUGGGCUCGGGUCCAGGCUCGUCAGGUCCCCCAACGCCGCCCUGGGCGGGGCAGUGCUGGUCGGGGCUGCCGGCAUGGGGGCUGCCUACGCCCUGAAUAGCUGUGUGCCUGAGGUUGCCGCCGCCGGUUUGCGCAAUUACGUGGUGGGCUGUGACGAUCCUUGGGCUAUCAAGAAGGAGGAGAUUGACGCCAUAGCUAACAAAUAUGGUAUUAGCAAGCAGAAUGACGAGUUCAAUGCGGAGCUUUGUGAUAUUUAUUCCCGGUUCGUCUCUUCUGUUCUUCCUCCUGGAAAUGAAGACCUCAGAGGUGAUGAAGUUGAUACCAUCAUUAAAUUCAAAAAAACAUUGGGCAUUGAUGACCCAGAUGCAGCGGCCAUGCACAUGGAGAUUGGUAGGCGCCUUUUCAGGCAAAGACUUGAAACUGGGGAUCGUGAAGCUGAUAUGGAACAACGUCGGGCAUUUCAGAAGCUAGUAUAUGUCUCGAAUCUUGUAUUUGGAGAAGCAUCUGGUUUCUUGUUACCUUGGAAACGCGUGUUCAAGAUCACUGAUGCUCAGGUAGAGAUUGCUGUCCGGGAAAAUGCUAAAAGGUUGUAUGCUGUCAAGCUUGGUCCGAUCUCCCAAGAUAUCGAUGUGAAUGAGCUGAUCAGGCUUAGAGAAGCCCAACUUCAUUAUCAACUUUCUGAUGAGCUUGCUGAAGAUAUGUUCAGGGAGCAUACAAGAAGGAUCGUUGAGCAAAAUUUAUCAGUAGCCAUCAGUGGAUUAAAGUCCAGAAAUAGUGAAGUGAAACGUGCAAUUGAGGAGCUUGAUAAGAUAUUAGCUUUCAAUAAUAUGCUAAUCUCACUUAAGAGCCAUCCUGAUGCCAGUCGCUUUGCUUGUGGUGUUGGGCCUGUAUCUUUAAUAGGUGGGGAGUAUGAUGGUGAUAAAAUGAUACAUGACUUGAAAUUUCUUUACAGAACGUAUUUGACAGAUGCUUUAUCAGGAGGUCGCUUGGAAGAAAACAAGCUUGCUGCACUAAAUCAACUUAGGAAUAUAUUUGGUCUAGGGAAACGAGAAGCCGAGACAAUUUCGCUGGAAGUUACUACACAGGCGUAUCGUAGAUGUCUUCAGCAGGCUGUCUCUAGCGGUGAUCUAAAGAAUGCAGAUAGUAAAGCAGCCUAUCUUCAAAAUCUAUGUGAAGAGCUGCACUUUGAUCCGGAGAAGGCCAUCGAAAUGCAUGAAGAAAUUUACCGGAGGAAGCUUGGGAAGUUGGUAGCUGCUCAAGGUGAACUCAGUGAUGACGAUGUGGAGACCUUGGAACAGAUACAAAUAAUGUUCUGCAUUCGAAAGGAAACUGUUGAAAAAGCUCAUUCAGAUAUCUGUGGCAGAUUGUUUGAUAAGCUUGUCAGGGGAGCAGUUUCUGCAGGCGAAAGUGGAUAUGACGCGGAGACUAGAAAGGCCAUCAGAAAGGCUGCCUUUGGUUUGCGCUUAACCAGGGACAUGGCAAUGACUAUUGCUAGUAAAGCAGUUCGCAUGAUGUUCAUGAACUUCGUCGAAAGUGCUAAGGAAGCCAAGGACCGAGACGCUGCAGCCAGGGAACUGAAGAAGAUGAUAGUUUUCAACAGGUUAGUUGUCACCCCACUAAUCGCCGACAUCAAAGGCAAGGACUCUCUCGAUAAUACCCCUCCACCGGAAGACCUCAAACCCGAACAUACUCUUGAUAUUGAUGAGGAAUGGAAAUCCCUGGAAUCAAUCAGCAAAGUGCUCCAGAACAGGAAUGCCCAAACCUUUGGACUUCCAAUCCAAAAGGAGAUAAACCUCAGGGACGACCUUCCGGAAAGGGAAAGAGCCAAUGUUUACAAGUCCUACCUGCAAUACUGUCUUAUAGGUGCAGUUACCAAAACGAAUGUUGGCCAGAGGAUAACAGAGGUGGAUGAUACCGAGUACAUCAGUUUAAACCAGUUAGGUGAUAUACUCGGUUUGACCGACAACGAAAUUGUCAAGGCACACAUUAGUUUAGCCGAGCAGAGUUUCAGGCAGCAGGCUGAGUUCUUGUUAGCCGAUGGCCAAUUGACCAAAAAAAGGAUGGAGCAAUUGGACGAGCUGCAGAAGGAUUCGGGACUGCCGCUCCAGUAUGCGCAGAAGGUCAUUAAGGGCAUAACGAGUACGAAACUGUCGAUGGCUCUCGAGACAGCUGUCAGCCAUGGGAAGCUCAGUGUAAAAGAAAUUAGGGAUUUGAAAGAAAAUGGGAUUGAUGCAGACACCGUGAUGACCGAGAGUUUACGGGAGAGUAUAUUCAAGAAGACGAUGGAUAAAAUUUUCUCGUCCGGCACUGGGGAGUUCGACGAGGAAGAGGUGUAUGAGAAAAUCCCGAAAGAUCUCAACAUUGAUGCCGACAAGGCCAAGGGAACUGUUAAAGAGCUAGCUCGGACUAAGAUGCCAAACUUGCUCGUUCAGGCGGUGGCACUUCUUAGGCAGAAAAACCAUGCAGGGGUGGUUAAUUCCGUCAAUAACAUGUUAGCCUGUGACAAGGCUGUACCCUCGACUCCACUAUCAUGGCAGGCCCAAGGGGAACUUAAUCACCUGUUUGCCGUGUACCUGAAAAGUGAUGCAACUUCCGAAAAAGUGGACAGAGUAAAGUACCUAUUGAACAUCAGUGACUCGGUAGUGGAAGCUGCGCGAAACAUGGUGAUAGAUGAAAAAGUGCCAAAAAAAGACGAGGAAGAAUUUGUGUUUUGAAUCCAAACUCCGAAAAAUCCUUUACCCGAUAUAUCCAAACCAUCAGUGUGUAUCGAUUUUGUUUCGUGUUAACUAGCAUUGUCGAGUAUGUUAAGCAGGAUAAAUUCUUGAAUGAAAUUCUUGUAUUCAGUAGAUUAUGUGCUAAAGAGACUAGCUGGAUUUUUACAAGGGAAUUUAAUUCAAUUGAUGUUGUAGCAAGUUUAGAGAUGGUUUUUUUUAUCUUUAGUGUAAGGUGCAUAUGUGUUGCAAUAUUUUUCUCACAGAAUGUCAUGUAAUAAAAGAUGUUUUGGUCAUUAUGAAUUGUGAUAUCUCACAUGUGCAUGUAUGUGAAGGAAACUGCAGAAAAAUGUUGGAUUCCAAGAGUGAAGUAUCAAGGGCAUAUAUUAUGUAUCCAAAAGGCUUUUAGUGCCUUCACAUUUUAUCAAGAAAUUUUUAAAUUGCAAGACUUCUCCAU